AGGGACUGAAAACCAAGUGAGGAGAUGAAGAAUCGUCCUGAAUUAAACAAGUGGAUAGAGAUUCCAGAUAGAUCCUGUUCAUCAUCCGAGGAGAUCCCAGUGUCAGCCAAGGGACAACUUCCCAGGAAAACCAUCUCCAGUGAUUGAAUCCGUCAGCAGGAAUUUGACGAACAGUCAUAAGUGAAACUGACUAGUGUCAGCGUCCAAUCAAAAUAAACACUUCCAUUGGUUAGACUGUGUGAUAUCAGUCAGUGCAGGGGAUGGAGGGAGUGCAACAGAAGAGAUUGAAACAUAGCCAUUGAUACACCUGGAACAUCCGCAGGGAUGGAAGGUCAUUCAGGGUGAGGAGAGAAAGUGAGGGCACCUGCAAGAGUGAGGGCAGCUGUGAGAGUGCAGGAAGAUCUGAGCGUGAGGAGAACUCCAAGUGUGAAGAAAGAGAGUGAGCAGAGAUCUGAGUGUGAAGUUGGCUUUGAGUGUUCAUUACACCUUGUGAAACAUUUGCAAAUCCUGACAAUUGAGUGAUGCGUGAUGAGGGAUUUAUCUGGUUGUAGGAGCUCCUCAUUCACAGAUAGGUAAGAGUGUAGACAGCCUUAGUGAAGCCAUCGUGCCUCCUGCAUCACAGGGGCAGCCACAUGGAAGAGAAACUAAUUGAAUGUGGACAAUUUGACAGAGUCUCUGUCCAUUCACCAGACCCUGUGAAACCACAACCCACCCACACAGAGAGGCCGUUCAGGUGUGAAGUGUGUGAGAAGACCUUCGUACGGUCAUCGUACCUCCUGAAACACCAACUCAUCCACACAGGGGAGAAACUGUUCAAAUGCAAGGUGUGUGAUAAAACUUUCUCUCGGUCUUCAUCUCUUGUGGACCAUCAGAGAACCCACACAGGAGAGAGACCCUUCACAUGUGAUGUUUGUAACAAAGCUUUCUUAAAGUUGUCCAAUCUCUUUCAACAUCGGCGCAUUCACACAGGGGAGAAACCCUUCAGGUGUGAUGUGUGUGACAAAGCCUUCACACACCCAUCAACUCUUCUCCAACACCGGCGUAUUCACACAGGAGAGAAACCCUUCAGGUGUGAGGUAUGUGACAAAGCCUUCACACAUACAUCGACUCUCCUCCAACACCGGCGUAUUCACACAGGGGAGAAACCCUUCAGGUGUGAGGUGUGUGACAAAGCCUUCAAACACCCAUCGACUCUCCUGCAACACCGACGUAUUCACACUGGCGAGAAGCUACUGCGGUGUGAGUUUUGCGACAAAGCGUUUGUGACUACCUCGAGCUUGCAGGUCCACCAGCGCGCGCACACAGGGGAGAGGCCCUUCAGAUGUGAGGUGUGUGACAAAUCCUUCACUCAGUCGUCGACACUCCUGCAACAUCAGCGCAUUCACCGAGGGGAGAGGAAGUUCAGCUGUCAGAUUUGUGACAAAGCCUUCACGCAUUCCUCAACCCUCCUGCAACAUCAGCGGGCACACACAGGGGAGAAACCCUUCAAGUGUGAGGUGUGUGACAAAGCUUUUGUAAAGUCAUCCACACUCCUCGUCCACCAGCGAGCACACACGGGGGAGAAACCUUUCCGGUGUGAGGUGUGUGCUAAAGGUUUCACACUGUCAUCCACCCUCCUGAUCCACCAGCGGACCCACACAGGGGAGAGACCCUUCAAGUGUGAGGUGUGUGACAAGGCUUUCACCCAGUCCUCAAGCCUCAUUCACCAUCACAGGACACACACAGGGGAGAAACCCUUCAGCUGUGAGGUCUGCCAGAAAGCUUUCACACACCCCUCGAGCCUGCUGCAACACCAGAGGAUCCACACAGGAGAGAAGCCCUUCAGAUGUGAGGUGUGUGACAGAGCCUUCACGCACCCAUCCCGCCUCCUGGAACACCAGAGGAUCCACACGGGAGAGAAACCCUUCAGAUGUGAGAAGGAUUGCACUGUACUACGGCAGAGAAUAGAGUAGAUAGACACCGCAGAUAGAUCCUGACCAUCAUCCAAGGAACAACUACACAACAUUGCUCAACACAGGGAAUGUUGGGCAGUGAAACCACCACCUGGAAAUUGGUCGGGUCAGGGAAGCUUUGACACAUCAUCAGAUCUGAAACUGGUCAGCGGUGUGGAGCCUUCCAUCAGAACCAACCUUUCCGAAGGUUCGGCUGUGGGUGAUCGGUCAAGGUGAGACUGGGAAGAAAUGUGAGUGGCUCCAAGUGUGGUGAGAGUUUCAGUCAUUCAUCGAGCCUCAUGAACCACUGAUUCAUUCCUACAGGUGAGAGGCUGUUCAAGUGUGAGGAGGGCUUCACAGGGUCAUAAGGUCUCCUAACACACUAAGUGCACCUGUUGAACACAAGGACAGCUACAUGGAAGAGAAACCAUACAAGUGUGAGGCGUGAGAUCAAGCUUUUGCACAGUCAUUGAUGCUCGUGAAUCACUGACUCAUUCACACAGAGGAGAAGCCAUUCAAGUGUGAGGUGUGUAACCAGGGCUUUGCACAAUUAUUGGGCCUGGUGAAGUCGGUCUGUUCACACAGGGGAAAAUGAAUGAAAUGAAAGUCGCCGAAGUUCCAUGGGACCAUAGGCUAAUCUCUCAUGAAAGAGAGAGACGGCUGAUGGUGAGUUUAACCUGAGGGCCACCAUACCUCAGAUGAGGGGCAAAGAUGACCUCAGCUGGUACUGGAAUUGAACCCAGGCUGUUGGCGUCACUCUGCACCAUAAACCAGCCAUCCAGCCAUUAACGUGAGCUAUGACAAAUCCUUCGCGCAGUCAUUGAACCUCCUCUUGCAUCAACGCACCCACACAGGGGAGAAACUGUUCAAGUGUGUGUGACAAAUCAUUCCCUGAAUCAUUGAGACUCCUACUGCAUCAGAAGUUUUACACGGGAGAAACCAUUCAUGUGCAAGGUGUGUGACAAAUCAUUCUCAGUGUCAUCAAGCCUCUGUGUACAUCACCACAUUCACACGGGAGAAACCAUUCAUGUGCAAGUUGUGUGACAAACCAUUCUUGGUAUCAUCAAACCUCCGUGAACACCACCAUAUUCACACCGGGGAGAAACCAUUCACUGCAAUGUGUGCAACAAACCAAUCUCGAGGUCAUGCAACCUCAGUGCCCAUCAAAGGAUCCAGACAUGGGGAGUAACCCUUGACGUGUCAGGUUUGUGAUGAAGCUUUCAUGACAUCUUUGACUAUCCAGGACACCAGAAGAUUUACACACAGGAGAAACUCUUCAGGUGCAUUAUCUGUGAAAAGGCUUUCGCCUACUCUUCCGAACUCCUGAAGCACUAGUGGAUCUACACUGGUGAGAAACCAUUUAGGUGUGAGGUAUGUGACAAGGCUUUCACACAGUCAGCAUAUCUCCUGGUCCAUUCAUGAAUUCACACAAUGGAGAGACCCUAUCAAUGUGAGUUCUGUAAAGAAACCUUCAUACAGCUGUUGGACCCCCUGGAACAUCAGUGAGCUCAAAGGGAACCACUUAGCCAAGUUUUAGCCAAUUUGUUGUCAGUGUGAGUCUCUAUGCAAGUGCUCACUGCAUUGGAUGUUCAGUGAUAUUGGGGCACAGAACAAGAAGCAGCUUUCACUCGCAUCAAACAACUAGUGACAACAACGCCAGUGCUGAGGUACAAUGAUGUCAAUGAUGAAGUCACCCUGCAGUGAGAUGCCAGUGAAACAGGACUUGGAGCAACCCUCAUGCAGCAAGGACAACCAGUGGUGUUAGUAUCCAGAACCUUAACACAAACUGAACGACGCUAUACACAGAUUGAGAAAGAGAGUGUGGCUAUUGUCUUUGCUUGUGCAUUUCAACCAGUACCUGUUUGGGAGAGAGAAAAUGAUGGUGCAGCCUGACCACAAGCAUCUUCAAAGCAUCUUUCUCAAACCGCUCCAAAGCGAUUGCAAAAGAUGUUACUUCAUUUGCAGAGAUGUAAUUUGUAAGUGAAGUAGAAGCAAGAGAAGCAGAUGAACAUCGCCAACCUGCUGUCGAGAGCGGCACUCUCUUUGAGGAACGAUGAUGAUGCUGGUACAGAUUGUGAAAUUUUCCAGAUUCAACAAGAAGCAACAGCACGACAUGCUCUGGAAGUCAUCAACCCAGCAAAGACAUUGAAUCUGACAGACAAGUGACUUGCUCAGACCAAGAAAGCUACACAACGAGAUACAACUCUUCAAAUGUUACAGGAAGUUGUGAUGAAAGGAUGGCCUGAAACCACCAAGGACAAACUUGUUGCUGUAAGAGAGUAUUGUACAGAGAUGAAGUGAUCGCCCAAGAUGGCAUCUUGUUCAAAGGGACUCGGGUCAUUAUUCCUAAAGAGAUGAGAAAAGGGAUGCUGAAGCACAUCCACACAAACCAUCAAGUCGAGUCUGAGGAAGGUAAGAGAAGUGCUUUACUGGCCAAACAUGAGCAAUGAGAUUAAGGACCACAUCAGCCAGCGCAGUGUUUGUAAUGAGCAUCAAGCUAAGCAAGAUAAAGAGCUGCUCAUGACUCAUGAUGUCACAGUCAAGGGAGAAACUCUUCAGGUGCGAUAUUUGUCACAAGACUUUCACCCACUCUUCCAAUCACCUUAAGCAUCAGUGGAUCCAUGCUGGUGAGAAACCAUUCGGGUGUGAGGUGUGUGACAAGGCUUUCACACAGUCAGUGUAUCUCCUGGUCCAUCAAUGCACUCACCAGUGUGAGUUCUAUAAUAAAGCUUUCACACAGUUGUUGGACCUCCUGGAACAUCAGCGAACUCAAGGGGAACUACCUAGUCAAGUUUUAGCCAAUUUGUUGUUAGUGUGAGUCUCGAUGCAAUCUCACUGGAAAGGAUUUUCAGUGGUACUGGGGCACAGAAUAAGAAGCAGCUUUCACUCAUAUUAAACAACAAGUGAUGACAACGCGUGCUGAGGUAUGAUGAUGUCAAUGAUGAUGUCAACCUGCAGUGAGAUGCCAGUGAAACAGGACUUGGAGCAACCCUUAUACAGCAAGGAUAACCAGGAAAAAGCUCUGUACCCAGAACGUUAACACAAACUAAACAGCACGAUACACAAAUUGAGAAAGAGAGCCUGGCUUGUUAGCAUUUUAAUCAGUACCUGUUUAGGAGAAAGUGAUGGUGCAGUCUGACCGCAAGAUAUUUCAAAGCAUCUUUCUCAAACUGCUUCUAUCUGCUCCAAAGCAUUUGCAAAGGUUGUUACUUCGUUUGUAGAGAUAUCAUUUGGAAGUGAAGUACGAGCAAGGGAAGCAGAUGUACAUCACCGACAUGCUGUCGAGAGCUGCACUCUCUUUGAAGGAAGUUGAUGAUGCUGGUACAGAAUGUGAAAUCUUCCAGAUUCAACAAGAAGCAACAGCACAACAUGCUCUGGAAGUCAUCAACCCAGCAGAGGCAGUGAAUCUGAUAGACAAGCGUCUUGCUCAGAUCAAGAAAACUACAUAAUGAGAUACAACGCUUCAAAUGUUACAGGAAGUUGUGAUGAAAGGAUGACCUGAAACCAUCAAGGACACACCCGUUGCUGUUGGAGAGUAUUGGGCAGACAGAGAUGAAGUGAUUGCCCCAAGAUGACAUCUUGUACAAAGGAACAAGGGUCAUUAUCCCUAAAGAGAUGAGAAAAGAGAUGCUGAAACGCAUCCACACAAACCAUCAAGGAAUCGAGUUUAAUCUGAGGAAGGAAAGAGAAGUGCUCCACUGAGCAAUGAGAUUAAGGACCACACCAGCCAGUGCGAUGUGUGUAAUGAAUAUCAAGCUAAGCAAGUUAAAGAACUGCUCAUGACUCAUGACGUCCCUGACAGACCAUGGAUGAAGCUUCGGGUAGACCUCUUCACUCUCACUGGAACGGAUUAUCUCGUCACAGUCGGCUACUAUUCAGACUACUGAGAGUUAGACCAGCUGACGUCAACGACUACCAGUGAGAUUGUAGAAUGCCUGAAAGCACACUUCAGUCGUCAUAGCAUUCCUGACAUUGUGAUGAGUGACAAUGGUCUUCAAUUCACGAGUGAAGGUUCCAGACACUUGAUGAAAUUCAGCACUAUACACCACCUCCACACUAUCCUCAGUCAAAUGAAAAGGCUGAGGCAGUGGUGAAAAUUGCCAAAGGGCUCAUCAAAAAAUCAACUAGAUCCAGCACAGAUGUGUAUAAGGCAAUCUUAGAGUGGAGAAACACACCUACUGAAGAUAUGGAAAGUUGUCCGGUCCAGUGACCAAUGUCACACUGCACCCAGAUACUCUUCCAACAGCUAAAAAACUAAUGAGGCCAGAUGUAGUAACAGAGAGUGAGUGACAAGAUCAAAGUGAAUUGUAGGAAAGACAAUUUUCACUUUGAUAAAGCUGCCACAUCGUUGCCAGAGCUGAGAGUUGGAGAGCUGGUCAGAGUGAGAACAUUCAACACACACAACAAAAGUAAGCUCACUUGGCAACUUGGGACCUGUGCGGAGAUGUCACCUCGAUUACACACGGUGAAAGUGAACGACCAGAUCUAUCGUCACAACUGCAGACACUACGUGCAACCAGAGAAGCUGCUCCUUCACAGCAGACAGCUGAUGAGGCAGAUCUGAUUUCACCAACUGAGCAAGGAACUGAACGACCAUCAGUCCCAGAGAUCAACUGUUCCCCAAUAAAUGCAGCGGAUCAGCAGCAACAAUUACCACAGCAACACUCGCCAUGGCAAUAACAUUCCCCAGAGAGACGUCACUUCAGGAACCAGCAGACGCCAGAUGAACAGCCAGCAACAACUCACACAUGUACCAUAAGAGCUGAACACUGUAAAGAUUGUGUGUGCAAUGUGCAAGUCGGGACAGGCGACAUUGGAACAGACUAGGAAGAACAAACAGCUAUUUGUUCAUUUGUGAUAAUUUUCUUUCUGGACUAUGUAUUGUGGAGUAACUUGCAAAUGAUCGUGCAUGCAAUUUUCUUUCUUUUUAUGAACAGGGGAAUGUUUGGAUAAAACCCUUUUUACACUGUGUCUUUGUGUGAUUCCUGAUGUAAUGGUAUGUAAAUAAAGAUUUGAGGGCAGGAACCAUU